AUGUUAAGGUCAACGCUUAGCAGCUGGAGAGAGUACUUGACACCAGUAUCUCAUAAAUCUACUUUUCAAGUUACCGGCCAAAUCACGCCUGAGGAGUUUGUACAAGCUGGUGACUACUUGUGCCACAUGUUCCCUACAUGGCAAUGGAAUGAACAAUCAAAGAACGUUAACUACAGAGAUUUCCUGCCUAAGGGGAAUCAGUUCUUGGUGACGAGGAAAGUUCCAUGUGGUACGAGAGCUGAACAGCUAGUAGCGAUGGAUGAGGAAGGUACGGAAGGGGAUGAGGACGGGUGGGUCGUCGAGUCACAGUCACGACCACAAGAAGAGACAGCAACCGCAGAUAUCGACGAGAUGCUAGAAGGGAUGGAUAUCGAAGACGUUGAGGAAGAUGAGGAUAUUGUCGCGAUUGCUCCAAAUGAUAAGAGGUAUUACGAUUUGUACAUCACAUAUUCGACAUCUUACAGGGUACCCAAGAUGUACUUAGUGGGGUUCAACGGAGAUGGGUCCCCCCUCACACCAGAACAGAUGUUUCAAGAUAUAUCGCCAGACUACAGGACUAAGACAGCGACUAUUGAGAAAUUACCAUUUCUAAACUCUCCGGCAACAUCGGUCUCAAUACAUCCCUGCAAACACGCAAACGUAAUGAGAGUUCUCAUGGAGAAAGUGCGUGCUGUGAAACAGCGCGAAAGGUCUGUGAAGAGGGGGCAGGGGCUAAACGAGGAUGACUGGGAGGAUUUACAAGAGGACGUUGACGAUGGUCUACGGGUAGACCAGUAUCUUAUCGUUUUUUUGAAAUUUAUCGCAAGCGUUACCCCAGGCAUCGAGCAUGACUACACGAUGGAGGGCUGGUGA